AUUUUUUAUUUAUCUAAUUCAUCCCAUUCUUUUCCAAGGGAAACAAUUUUUUUUUAAUUCUCAAGUUUAAGGGGAAAAUCUAUAUUAUUUUAUUUAAAUUAUUUAUAAUUGAAAUUUUAUGCUUUGAUGGUAACUGAUGUUGAGGUUUGAGUGGUGCGAAUGUGGCAGCACAUUGUACUACAUGAAAGUCGAAUUCUCUGCCGCUAGUAAUAAUUCUUCUCUGGCUCGACAUAACAAUCACUCCAAAAGUGCGAUAGAAAAUCAAAUCAAGUUAUAGUGGUUAUGUUAGUUAACUUUGUAUUUCGGUUUUGUUAUCGUUACAAAAUGACAAUAUAAUAAAUUGAGAUGAAUCCAGUGAUAUUUCAUGUGCGAGGUGUUAUUUUUUAAACGAUGGCCAAUCACUACGAAGUACCAAGCUGGGCUGGGAAGCCUCCAGUAGGUCUACACCUCGACGUUUUGAAAGGCGACAAAUUAAUUCAAAAAUUGAUGGUAGACGAGAAGAAGUGUUACCUGUUUGGGCGUAAUCAGCAGCUGAAUGACUUCUGCAUCGAUCAUGCCUCGUGUUCUCGAGUCCAUGCAGCUUUAGUAUAUCAUAAACACUUGAAUCGAGCAUUUCUCGUUGAUUUAGGCAGCACUCAUGGGACGUUCAUUGGAAAUAUGCGACUCGAAGGACAGAAACCGACUCAAUUACCAAUCGACAGUACAUUUCAUUUUGGAGCAUCAACGAGAUAUUACAUCAUUCGUGAAAGACCUCAGACAGGUACUAGAGGAAUUAUGGAGGAGCUCGAGAAAUCUUCAGACGAUAAUGAGGCUGGUGGACUUCUUGGACUACCCGAAACCGAAACAGAGCUUGAUAAUUUAACUGAAUUCAAUACAGCUCACAAUCGUCGCAUAUCAAUGCUGGGAAUAACUGACGAUGAUCCCCACAAAUUGAAUCGAAAAAGAAAAAAGAAGGGGAUUACUUUCAACGAGGACGAGGAAGUUAUCAACCCAGAAGAUGUUGAUCCUUCAGUUGGAAGAUUCCGAAAUUUAGUACAAACAACUAUUAUUCCCAGCAAGCGUAUGAGAUUGGAGGGAGGACUGAUAUCGUUUCACGAUGAGCCUCAUCAUCGUCUUAAGUCCCUACAACCAUCGUCAACUGUCUCCCAACUUUAUCAUGAUCUUCCUCCAGAACAAUAUACCCCUUCAGCACCUAGCAACUCCUUCUCAACUGCUUUGACAUCAUUGACGUCUCGAUUGGGCAUUGCUCUGCCCAACCCAGCACCCGAGGUCGACAUGGCUUCAAGUGAAGUACAGGCAGAUGUUCAUCCCAUUACAGAGAGUCCUGUACCGAACGAACCUUUCUCACUCGAGCCCAAGAAGAAAAAAUAUGCCAAAGAAGCCUGGCCCGGAAAAAAACCCUUACCAACUCUAUUGGUAUAGGAAUUAAUUCAUAAUAUUAAGUAUACAAAGAACUCUCCGAUGAUUUCAGUAGUGGAGUGGUUGAAGGGUCUCAGAAAUUUUUCAUUGAUAUUAAAGUCCUUAGCGUGAUAAUUCCUCAGAUAAAUAUGGAACCGAAAGUGCGAUGAUUAUAUAUUUAAAAAUGAAAAAUGUUUCUGAAGUUGUUUCAGCAAACUUCAACUGAAUUUUCGAGUGUAGGGAUGAAAAUAAAUUUGAAUUGAUUAUCAAUAAUUCUGGGGGCAAAAAAUAAUAAAUUCCGACAUUUUUUUAUGAGAUUUUUGGACAACAGCAUUUUUUCAUGACUAUUGUAUUUUUAUCUGUUCCCACACAAUGCGAAAGAUAUGAAGCCGACGAAAAUUCUCUCCUUGAUAUAGACUGUUUAUUUAUUUUUUCUAAUUUUUUCUAGAUAAAUAUUAAUUACGUCAUGAUUAAUCCAUCAGUUUUGGUAGCAACUGGUGGCAGAGUGAAAUGAUGAGAUUUUUUUUUGCUUCGGACUGAAAUAUUUUCAUUGGACUCGGUCCUGCAUGUUUAUACAGAUCUUUGUAAUUUUCCACCACACGUCGAAUCACGAUUUGUUUUUCAAAGCAAAAAUCUAUAAAUUGUAAAUAAAAAAAUGACGUUCUGGGAGAUAGUUUUAAUAAAACUGUGAAUCCAUGGUCAA